AUUGCAUAUUGCGUUCAGGCCUGAAGCGUACGUUAUUUGGGUUAUUGCGUACGCAAUAUAGCGUGCGCAAUGAGGCGCAGGUAUGGCGUACGAAUAAAAUUUUUGAUCGGUUAAUUUUUUAGUUGGCCCACCGGGCCCAGUUUUAGUAAAGUAGACUUGCGACUUAAUUUUAAAGCGUACGACAUAAGGUACAGGGUUGCGACUUGCGAGUAAUUUAGUAUAUAUAUUAUAUACGCCGAUUCCAAAAUAACAGAGCAAUUCUGACGAUUAGCCAAUAACCAGUUCUUUCCAGUUUCCACCGCCUGCUUUCCUCUUGGACAGUUCUACGGUACUGCUUCUCUCUUAUUCAUUCUUGUUUCUAAUUUCUAUUGUGUUUUUCCCAGCUCGUUGAUUUUCUGAUUAUUACUACUUCAUGUUAAUUUUCUGCUUGUUAAUUUUCUGCUUAUUAAUACUUCAUGUUAAUUCCCAGCUUGUUUAUGUUAUUUUUGCGUAUUCGUUUUUGUAUAUACUGCUUCUGCGUUUGAUGCUUAAAUUUUGUUUCCAUUGAUUUUAAUACCAAAUAUUAAUGUUAAUUUUCUGCCUAUUAAUAUUUUAUGAAUAUCAUUCCAUUAAGUUUCAACUUAUCAAUAUGUUUUUUCAGUUAUAAAUUUAUAAUAUUUAAUGAUAACUUCAACUUUGAUAGUUUGAUGUAAUAUUAAUAUUAAAUUUUCAGUUUAGUUUAAUGUUAAAUAUUACUGUUAAUAUAGCAGCAGUUAAGUUUCUGCAUAUUAGUAUAUUCUUUUUGUUUUCAUAUUUGAUGUUAACUUCACCUUUCAGUCAUUAUUAAAAUUAGUAAUUAGUGUUUACAGUUUUACUUAAUUUAAAAGUAAAUAGUAAUGUUAAUUUUCUAUUAAAUUAGUUUUCUGUUAGUAUUCAACUGUUCAAGUUUACAUCAUAUAUAGGGUAUAUAUAUAUAUAUAUAUAUAUAUAUAUAUAUAUAUAUAUUAUGCUAAUAUAUAGAUAGCUAAUAUAUCAUGCUAAUAUAUCAUUCUUGUUAUUUUCUUUCGCCAUAGAUAGCUUUUUUGGUGCGGUACAAUCAUGACUAAAACGAAUAAAAAUGACCCAGCGUGGAAACAUGGUGACGAAAUUCAACGAGAAGGGUUAAAGGGCAAAUCUUAUAAAUAUGUAAAAUGUAAAUAUUGCCUUAAAGAGACCACGGGAGGGGUAACCAGAUUCAAGCAUCAUCUCGCCUGCACAAAGCAAGAGAAAAGUGUUGCUCGGAUGUUGGGAGAUUUUUUUUCGAGGAUGGUAUUCCAUUUAAUGUUGCCAAUUCACCUUCAUUUAUCAACAUGUGUCGUGCAAUCGGUAAUUAUGGACGGGGUUUCAGGCCACCUUCAGCUUACGAGCUUAGCCAUUGGAUUCUAGAUGAGGAAGUGAAGACAACUGAGAAACUUGUUGAGGAGGUGAAGUCGACAUGGACACAAACAGGAGUGUCUAUAUUAUCCGAUGGGUGGAAGGAUAUGCGUGGAAGACAGUUGAUUAACUUUCUAGUCAAUAAUCCUUAUGGAACAGUAUUUUUGAAAUCAGUUGAUGCCUCAGCUCAUGUCAAAGAUGUUGUGCAAGCUUCUGGAUGGUGUUGUGGAAGAAGUAGGGGAAGAUAUUGUUACUCAAGUCGUAACUGAUAACGCCUCCAACUAUAAAGCGGCUGGCAAAUUGUUAAUGGCCAAGGCCAAGAAUGCAAGAAUGCACUAGCAAAGGCCAAGACUGUCAUUCAUUAUAUAUACAAUCACGGAUGGGCACUGGCUUUGAUGCGACAAAUGUUAAAAAGAGAUCUUGUUUGUCCAGCUGCCACACGGAUGAGCACUGGCUUUGAAUGUUGUUGUUAUAAGGCUUGGAUGUUGUUGUUGUAAAAUUCUGUUUCUAUAAAAUGUUACAGUAAGCAUGUCUGCAUGUUCAGUCAUUAUGCAAUCUUAGUUAAUAAAAUAUCUGACUUUACUUUUCUCUGUAUUAUUAAUUUCAAAUUUUCAAUAUGCAUGUUUGAUAAAUUAACUUUUGGUAAAAAAACUGACUAUACUCCAACAAACAUGGCAAUCAAACACCCAUUUAAUCUUGGGAUACUCUUGAUCAUGGAAGUCGAAGGUGAAAGAAACUAAACAAGUUGAGUACAUGGGUGCACUGAGAAUCUAGAAGGUGCACGAAGAUGGGCCAUUUUCCCCUUUCCAUUUCCUCCUCCGGCCCCAUCUUUGUGCCCACGUCUCACACUUCUGCAUUCUGGCCAGCGUUCGUUUCUCAAGUAACCGUGUUCAUCUCUUAAUUCAAGGCAACUCACUGCUACCUAUCAAUCCUUUAGUCGUCCAAUACUUAAACUCCUGAUUGUAAUUGAUGCGGACAAAUAAAGGCGCACUAUCAACAAAGCUUUUGAACAUAAGUGUAGCAUACUUAUGUAAAUCCAAACAACUAGAGGAAGCAGAAGAACUACUAGUUGACGGUAUAAGAGUAGGAGUACAGUUGGACGUGGUAACCUAUAACACUCUAAUCCCAGCAUAUUGUCAAUUUUUUGGAAUUAAUGAAGGGUAUUCAGUUCUUGAAAGAAUGCGAGAAUCCGGCAUUAGACCAGACGUCGUAACAUAUAAUUCUUUGAUAUCUGGGGCUGCUAGACAUUCCUUGUUAUCCAGAUGCAUCGAUCUGUUUGAUGAAAUGCUGGGAUCUGACGUUUUUCCUGACAUUUGGAGUUACAACAUGUUGAUGCAUUGUUAUUUCAAAUCCGGAAAACCAGAUGAGGGCUAUAGAAUAUUCCGGGACAUUCUUUUGAAGGGCUUCCCACCGGGUAAAGCAACAUUUAAUAUCCUAA